UGUUUUUAUUCAAUUUUUGAUAUUUUUUAAAAUAAUUCGUAUUGUCAUAUAAAAAAGUUUUUAUAAAUUUAAUUGAAAAUUUGUUUGCUGCACAAAAUUAUACGUAAAGAUAUUUGGAUAUGUCAAUUCUUUUGGCUGAUAUUGAUGCAACUUGUGCUGCACUUGGUUAUAAUGAUGGUGAGAAAUAUCAUGCAGAACCUGAUGCAAUACAAGGAUUAAAACAUUUAAUUUGGAUAUUGCGCCGUGAUUUAGAUAAUCAUGAAUAUCGUCGGCAUUUGGGCCGUGCUAAUGUUUUACUAACUGAUUUAGUACCAAUGUUACCCGAUUACAUUGAUGAUGAUGAAUAUGCUGAUGUCUUAAUUCGUUUAUUGGUUAUUUUAACAAAUCCAACAUUAUUAUUGUAUCGAGAAGGUGGUAUACCAAAAGAUAAUCACGGUCGUAAAGUUUAUAUGGAACUGAUAGAUAUUUUACAAGGAUAUAAAGAAGGAUUUACAAAACAUACCGUAUGGGCAGCAUUAGCUUUAAAAUUGCAUAAGACUUUAGAUGUGGAUUGGUCUUUACGUAGUGAAGAACAAGGAUUACUAAUAGAACGUAUACUAGUGUUAGUUCGUAAUGUAUUACAAAUUCCAGCAAAUCCAGAAAUUGAAUGUCGUGCUGAUAAUGAUGCAAGUCUACAUGAUCAAGUUAUAUGGGCAUUACAUCAGUCCGGAUUACUUGAUCUUAUAUUAUAUGUAUUAAGUUCACCAGAUGAAAAUCAAUAUCAUUUACAUGCAUUAGAAAUUCUAUGUUUACUCUAUAGAGAACAGACUGCUGCAUCACUUGCAGAUGCUUCAUUGCAACGUAGUAAUGAAGAAAAACAAAAAGAUGAACAGGAAUUAAUCGCAGCUAGAAGACGUGAAAAGCAAAAAAUAAUUGCACAUCCACCACCCGGUCGUCAUUCACGUUUCGGUGGAACUUAUGUAUUGCAGAAUAUAAAAUCUAUAUCGGAUCGAGAUAUUAUAUGCCAUCAAUCUUUAGAACGUGCCUCAGCUAUUGACUUAGAUCGAGAAAAAAGAAAACAAAAGCGUUCACAUCGUAUUGUCAAUGAAGAAAAUGUGUCAGAAAGACGUAGUGCAUUUUCAGUUCGGCUUUGUCUUCGAGAAUUUUGUAUUGAAAUCCUUCAAUCAGCAUACAACACAUUAGUUCGUCAAGUUAGACGUGUUUUAGAACGUAAUGUUGGUUCCAAUAACAACGAUGAUUCAUAUUUGUUAUGGGCAAUACGUUUUUUUAUGGAAUUCAAUAGAUUAACUGGACUUCAAUUACAUUUAGUAAGUGAAUCGCUAAGUGUUCAGUGCUUUCAUUGGGUUCUUACCAGAAUGCAACAUGAUUUAGAUAUGAUAAUAUCUGAUAAAAAACAAGCCAGAUUAUGGGCUAGAAGAUUACAUGUAGCUGUACAGACAUUCCGAGAAUUACUACUGAGUUUACUUGCACUGCAAAAGUUAAAGGACGAUAAGGCAUAUGCUUUAUUCGAUAUGUUGUUGAACAAUGUUUGUUAUGUACUAGAAUACCGAGAGACAAUUUUACAUUUACUAAUGAACUACAAUGAAGCCCACAGCACUAAGGCAUUUCUACGUGAUGUUAUUGAAACAGCGAAUAUUUUUAUCAAAAUGAUGGAAAAAUUUUGUAAGGACACUGCUGUUAUACAAGAGAAAAAACAUGGUGGCCGGAGGAAAAAAAAUAAAAAAGUAUUAAAUAAAAAAUCAAUGAACAAAAAUGCGGAUAAAAAUUUGGACAAUCCUGAUAAUCAAGAAGAAUUGGAAAAUAAAUGGGUUGAAUUGUCAAAUGAAAUUGUCGCAAUUUUAGCUGAUAGCGAAAUGAUAAAAUUACCAGAAGAGAAUCAACCAAUACCAUUUGAUGCAACAUUAGAAAAAAGUAUAGAUGAUCAAAAGGAGGAUUGCAUGAAAAGAAUUCAUAAAUAUCUUCGGGAGAAUAAACUUGAACAUGCAAUAUGUUUACUAAGAGCAGCUAGGGAAGUUUGGCCCGAAAAUGAUAAUUUCGGUGCACUUAUUUGUUCUCCAGAAGAUGAACUGAUAAUUUUGCGAGAAAUAUUUUUAGCAAAUUUAGGACAAGAAGAAACGUGGGCUUAA